AUGUCAAGUCUUCAGCAUGACGAUGCAUCCUGGACAGAGAAACCCCACGAAUGUUCCAAAUAUAACAAGGGCUUCAGGCGGUGCUCCGAUUUAAUUAAACACCAGAGAACCCAUACAGGUGAGAAGCCCUUCAUGUGCAGUGAGUGUGGAGAAAACUUCAGGGUGAGCUCCCACCUUAGCUCCCACAGAAGAAUGCACAUGGCAGAAAGGCCUUACCCUUGUCUUGUAUGAAGGAAAACCUUCAGCAGAAACUCUCACCUUAGAAAUUACCUGAGAGCCCGCACUGGCAAGAUGCCCUUUGAACGGACGCAAUGUGAGAAGCCCUGUGUGUGUUCGCAAUGUGGGAAGUGCUUCAAACACAGCACUCAUGCCAACAGACACCAGCGAGUCCACACAGGAGAAAAACCCUUUAUGUGUGCUGAGUGUGGAAAGUGCUUCCAAAACAAGACACACCUCAAGCAGCACUAUAAACUUCACCUGAAAUAG